AUGCCCGCCUCUCGCGCCCACUCGAUCUUCGCCCUCGCGGCCCUCCUGUUCGCCGUCGCCUCGGCCCAGUCUGGCCGGUUCCCGUGCGGCACCACCGCGCCCGAGCAGAAGCGCUGCGACGCCCUCUCGCACCCGACCUCGCGGCGAGGUGCCGGUCUCGUCCCCGUCGACGCCGAGUGCGUCCAGGCCGGCUCGGCGGGCUACUUCUGUGGAUGGGCAGGAGCCAAGUGCACGAGCGACACGCAGUGCGACUUUGGGCGGUGCAGUUCGAUCGACGGCGACGAGGGCGUGUGCGUCGGUGGACUUGGCGACCCUUGCAACGGUCCCGACGGUCCCGACGACUCGCUGUGCGGCGGCAACCUCGGCUGCCAGCCCGACGCGCUUCAAGGUCGCGCAACCUGCGGCGGCGAGGGCGCCGACUGCUCCUUCUUCGGCUCGUACCAGUCGGGCUCCAAGCCCAACCACGGCGCAUGCUCUUCUGGCCUCUGCAGCCCGACCAGCCUCACCUGCGAGAGCGACCUCCCUCUUCUCGCACCACCAGCCACCCCUUACAUGGACUCGGUCAACGGGCGCCAGCAGCCGUACCGCCUGUCGGGCCCGUCUCGGCAAGAGCGCCUCUCGAUCCCGCUCGGCGCGUCGUGCCCCGAGGGGUCGACCGUGUGCCCCGUCGCGCGCCGCGCCCCGCAAGGCGGCUACCUGUUCGCGUGCUUCGACACCAAGUCGAGCGCGACGCACUGCGGCGGGUGCCCGAGCGUCGGCCAGGGCGCCUUCUGGGACUCGCGCGCCGAGCACGGCGUCGACUGCACGGCCCUGCCGGGCGUCCAGAGCGCGACAUGUGCCCAGUCCAAGUGCCAGAUCCUCUCGUGCAGCGCCGGCUACGUCCUCGACGACAAGCGUGGCUCGUGCGUGCCCAAGAAGUACUGGUGACGGCCUCCUCACCUCUCCCUGUUACCCCUCUCUGUACCCGCAUACCCACUGUG